GGAGGUCCACCAGAGCCGCGGGACCAGCGACCGGCAGAACGCCCCCCGUCACGUGCCGCCGUGCUUGGGGCGGCGAAAUUGCUAGAGCUGCCCCUGGCGGCAAUGUGUCUCUGGCUGCAAUGAGGAUCAUUUACGAGGUCCUUUUCCUAUGGGGAUACCGAGAAGCCAUCCUGGAAAUGUAUCCCCAGAUGCUCAUCCUCUGCGUCAGGCAAGUGCAGUAUGUGAUGGAUCUGCACUUGCCAGGGACCUACAUGGCCAGCACGACAUCCAGCCCCGAGGAGGGAUCCAGCCGCCUCGACCCCCUAAGCAUGUCGGUGGAGGCUGUGAAGACUCUCUUUUCAAUGCCUGGAUACUGGAAGGAAUUUGCCAGCAUCCAAUUUCAGCAGGGUUGGGACAUGAUAUCUUCACGAUAUUACUACUCGCAGGGUGUUGGCCUGAUUGCAAGAGCCAUGAUCGAGUUUGAGAACCCUCAGCUCCCUGCAGUCUUCAGAGAGGCCGUCACCAUUGUCCAGAGUGAGAAGGAGGAGAAGCAGAGAAAUAUUGCCAUGACUUUCUGCACUGAGUUUCUCCAGAGUCCUUCCAUUGAGACAAUACUGACAAAAUCAGAGCUCCAGGCGCAGCUCAUGGAAUGGACCCAAGAUAAAAAUCCAGUUGUACGUCGGCUCAGUCUGCGAGGCCUUGGCAGUAUUGUGCUCCAGCCAAAAAAGGUGCAAUCGUUACGAGCCCAGCUGCCAGCGAUCAUGGACAUGUUCUGUGACAGGGAUGGAGUGUGUGUCAUGGGGGCCAUGCAUAAAGCUGGAGACAUCAUCUACCUCCUGGAUGGGGAGGGGCUUGGCUCCAUCUCCCAGGACAUUGCAGUCAGCCUUCGCCCCUUCAUUGAUGACGAGAGGGGCAGUGUGCGCUCCGCUGCCAUUUUACUGCUUGGCAACGUGGUGAGCAGCGUGAAGGACCCGGACAAACCCAUGGUGCAGCAGGAAAUGAUCCACUGCUUGGUCCCGCUGCUGCUGCAUCUUGAAGACCAGGAUGAGAGUGUGACACUGAGAUGCAAACUGACGCUUUUCCGCUGCACAGUGUUUCUCAGGUGGGCUCAUUUGAAGACGCUGUUCCGCAGCAUGGCCUGGGAUGGCUCCUCACAGCUCCUGAAGUGUGCCUGGAAGUGCUUGAUGCAGAACAACAAAAGCCACAUCCCCAAAUUCCUGUUCCAGGCUUUAGAGUACCUGGAAAGCUCACAGACAACAAUCAGACAUUCUGCAGCCCUGUUCAUUGGAAAUACUAUCCAUCAUUACUGUGACUUGUUGUCUGAAACAGUGAAUGAAGAUGGCAUCUCCCGCCUGUAUGAAGCUUUUCAGGAAGUGCCUUUGAUAUCUGACAGGACCACAGGGCACAUCCUCAAUAGAUAUUACAAAUGGCUGCAGAAGCUUGGAAAUCUCGUGUCGGGUUCCACAUUUGACUAGGGAAGCGAGACCGACACAGAAGACCUCUUUGUCCUGCUAUGACAUCUAGAGGCUAACAGGAGCCAACUGAGCCCACCACUGAUCACAUCUCUUGGGAGACGCCAAAGCAGCUGUUGCAUGGGAAGGAGGAGACAGAAGAGGCAGAGCAGGAUGUGCCGGGGUGCACCAGUCACACAUAACCCCACAGUCUAGGCGGAAGAAGCCAAGCCCCUCCCCAGCCCUGCCGGACAUGCUACACCACUGUGAAAGGGAGCAGCUCAGCUCAGUCUAGACAGAUGCCAAAAAUGGAGGAUGCACAUUGUAGGCUCCAGUCCAGAAGCAGCUGAAGCCCCUGACUGCAGAGCCCCGAGGUGCCGAGACCCAACCCCAUCCCUGGGUGCCUGCAGACGUGCAAGGGAGCUCGCAGUCUCUGGGAGUUUCCCACGCUGGGAGCCCAGAGACCCCCAGCCCCAUGGCCUAGAGACAUCUCGUAGGAAGUAACCUGGGAGAACUAGCCUCUGUCAUGCUGAGUGACAUCAGAUGUUCUGGUUGGAUCCCCACUGACCUAAUGCCAAACACAUUGGCCAUGGACAAGGCCCUGGGCUAGGACCCGGGAGGGAGUAACAAGGGCCUGGGUCCCCCUGCCCCGGCCACCAUCCAUCCUUGGGUGGCAGCCCACCUCCUCAACGUGCCACUAGACUAUACAGUCCCAAGAAGAGGGGCAGCCAUCUUGUCUCUGAACUGUCAGCCAAACAACCCUGCGCUGAAGGGCAGCGAUAUUGACUCUGGCCGUUGCACUGAGGGAGAGAGCAGCCAUAUUUUCUGUAGCCAUCGGGCCACACAGGCAUGAGAGACAGGAUAGCAGCACAGACUCUGGUCUCUGGGCUACACAGCCCCACCGGAGAGGACAAACGCACGGACUCUGGUCGUUGGGCCACACAGCCCCGACGGAGAGGGCGGCCGCACUGACUCUGGUCGCUGGGCUACACAGCCCUGAGUGGGAGGGUGGCCGCACUGACUCUGGUCGUUGGGCCACACAGCCCCGACGGAGCGGGCGGCUGCACGGACUCUGGUCUUUGGGCCCCACUGCCCCGACGGAGAGGGUGGCUGCACGGACUCUGGUCGUUGGGCCACACAGCCCCGACGGAGAGGGCGGCCACUUGUACUCUGGUCGUUGGGCCACACAGCCCCGACGGAGAGGGCAGCCGCAUGGACUCUGGUCUUUGGGCCCCACUGCCCCGACGGAGCGGGCGGCCGCACUGACUCUGGUCGUUGGGCCACACAGCCCCGACGGAGCGGGUGGCUGCACGGACUCUGGUCGCUGGGCCACACAGCCCCAACAGAGAGGGCAG